CAAACGGAUAUAACUGAAACAAAAAAGCACACACCUUCUCUCUCCUCUGCUCCCAAGGCUGCCAUUCUCACUCACCAUCAGCAUUUCACCAUGGCUCGUUUAGCAAACUUGAAUGGAGUCUCCGAAGCUUUACCAGCCAUUCCUAAGUUUCCCCAUUUCAAGAGGACCCAAAAGAAGACAACAAUUCUGGGAUUUCAUGGCAAUAAUAAAGCACAGGAAUUUCAAGAACAACAAAUGCCAACUACAAGGAGGAUGGCGAUAGGCCUUGCCUCAAUCGCACUCUUUGGAAAUGUUGGCAAUGGAAAUUCUCUUGCCGAUGAUAAUGGGUAUUGGCUCAACGGUCCUCUACCGAAACGUCAAGUCCAGAACAAGAUUGCAAAUGAGGAGACAGGGACUCGUUCUUUCCUCAAGACGGGAAUUUUCACUGCGAAUAUUGGGACCAAGAGUAGAGCAUAUAGGAUUAAAAGACUUGCCUUUGAUCUCCUAGCACUGGGAGAUUUACUUCCCCGCAAUGCCUGGAACUUCGUUCGGAUGUAUAUCCGCAACAAGGCCUCCAUCAUGUACUAUGAUUUCGACGAAUUGAUCUCAAAUGCACAGGUGGACGACAAGCAGCCUCUCACCGAUCUUGCCAACAGAUUGUUCGACAACGUUGAAAAGCUUGAAGAUGCUGUAAGAAAGCACGAUCUUCCUCGGACAGAAUCGUGUUAUCAAGAAACUACUGGUAUUCUCCAUGAGGUAAGGAGUCGACUGGCAUGAACCGAGAUAUGAUUUCUGCCUCAAAAUUCAAGUGACUCUGAAAGUCAGAAGAGCAAUGUUCUUUGUUUGGCUAUUCAACGCGACCCAAUUAAUGCAGUACUCGAUCGUUCAUAGCGUUACUAAGCCUUCCCUAUUCUUCAUUGCCUGUUGUUUCCAUCUCAAUAACAACUCUGUCUGAAUUUAACUAAGGAUAUUCCAGUAGGGUGUUGACUAUAAGUACAUCGUCGUUGGAUCGCUGCAAAAACAUAUCAAAUGACUUGGUGGAAGACAUACUAUCAGUGAUACAAGACUAAUGUUCAUUCUCUUCA